AUGCCAAAACAACCAACAAUACAAAAAGCACCAGCCCAGCCCUAUCCAACUGGAGGUCGGUCAAUUCGCGCUCCUGAAUUUCAACACCGCGGCAUCAAAUCGACCUCCACCAACUUUACGCCUCAACCAGCUUUCUCUUCAACCCCAACUCGAGUUCGAAAGCGAGAGUUGCGCCCUGCGCCUUAUGUUCCAAUGUAUGGCCAGGCGCUCCCAGAUGACUAUUUCUUCCCCAAGACUUAUACUCCCUCAACCUACAGCUUGACGCAAGUGGAGGAUUUCAACGACGCAGUUGACGAAGAAGAGGAGGAAAACGAGCAAACUUGCGGGAUGGUGAAAAUCUGGAUGAUGGAAAAAAUCGACAAGCAAGACAAAACCAUCGAAUCGCUGCGAAAUCAGCUGGAAGAAGCGAAAGAAGAACUGACCAAACUCAAAGAAAACACAAAAGACUGCAUCUGUACUCUUCCUUGA